AUGAUUUCGUAUGUGGAGUGUCUGGGCGGAGAGGGGGUGGGCCCCGGCGUGGGGUCACGCUGCUGGAACGCUGACGAAGAGCGAGACGAGCUGCUUCCGCGCAAAAGGGCUGCCCUGCAGCCGAAGACGGAGGGCAGCCUGCGCCGCCGCCUUCUGAGCGCCAAUAUCGACCAGCACUACGAUGCCAUCUUGGAGCAGAAUGCAGGCAGUGCUAGCAGGCCGGCGACGCCCACAGGUGAUAGAAAGUCCCUCCCACCUCACCUUCAGUAUCCAGGUAACAGCCCGUGGUACCGCCGGCAGCACCUCCCACACCACAUUCACCCUUUUCUCGCCCCAGUGGCUCAUGGGAAACCCAACCAACAACCUCCACCUCUUCAGCUGACGCGCUCCACCUACCCGACCCUCACCCAACGGGGCCGAACAGGUUCAUGCCCCCCCACCCCGCAGCCCCGCCCCGGCUACACCCUACCGAUCCCGUCUCCUUACUGCGCCCUGCCCCACUUCAGGGAACCGGAGGUGCCACCGCAGUACAGCUACCGACCCAGCAGGAGGUGCAGGACCGGCUUCUUCCGCUUCAGAUCCCAACGAGGGAGGAGCUCCGGACUGGAGGCCACACACACCACGCCCCUUCUACAGAGAGCAGGAAACAGGGACAGCAAGUGGUCUGUUCACUACACUACCCAGAAGCCCCAACAGGGUCUGCUCUUCGUCCCUGCAAAGAGACGAUCCAGCAGUGCUAAUGACCUGCAAGCAUGUAACGGGCUAACUCAGCAUGACUACAGCCAACCACUCAGCUCUCAGAGCCACGCCCCGUGUUCCUCCUCCUCUGGCCUCGACCAAUCAGAGAGCAGCACACCACGCAAAGGGUGGAAGGACAAAAGCAGGAGGAUGUCCACAGCUUUCUCAGACAAAGACGAGUUGAUCUUGAACAACACACAACCUCUGACCCCACUGGUCUUCAACCCCGUCCAUCGCACCUCCUGUUGGGAUGUCUUUGGCUCUGCCUACGAGCCAACAGUCGACCUGGAAGUGGAGCUGCCCCCGCGGCUUCCAACACCGGAGGAGAGGAUGAGGCAGCAGGCAGAGGCAGUCGCUGCAUAUAUAGUCCCGAUCAAUAUAACAGGAGAGAGUUUUGAUCGUCAGGCCAGUUUUCGAAAAGUUGCUUCUAACAACGACUCAAUGUCACAGCGCCCCCGCAACCUGAGUUGCCGCAAGACGGUUACUGGGAUACCUGAUGAUGUCAGCUGGAAUCCGGACUUGCCUUUGGUAUCUCUGGACCCUCCCGGUCCAUUCUCCACCGUGGAUCCACCAGCCUCCUCCUGCUGCUCUUCUGCCCAACAACAGGGAGUAACAGGGGAGGAGGAGAGGGAAGGGGUGAGAGAGGAAGAGCAUUCAUCAGCAAGGAGGAUCCGAGCCCAGAAAGGACAAGGGCUAUCCAGCCUCAUGGCCUCCCUCACAUCCACCACACCUGUCGGCUCCUGUCACAACCUUGGCUCGUCCUCCUCAGAGGUGCACAGCCUCCCCCGUCUGGGAACCAACUCCACUCUAAACUCUAAGGCCCGCAUUAACAGCGCCUCCUGCACGACAGUCAGUGCCUCCUCUCCUUGUUGUCAGGAUCUUCAGUGUUUCCCCAACGACCUCCAACCGCUGCUAGACUUUGACCCCACUGCUAGAGUCAUACCCCAGUCCUUUUCCUCCUCCUCUACUUCCUUCCCUUCUUCCCCCAUCACCUCCUCCCUCCUCAGUUGCCCUAGCCAUGCGCUGCAGUCGGAGUGGUCUUACACCAGCGAUAAGCCCAUGAAUGAGGCUGCCCAACAUCGCAGUUCCCCUUUCUCCUCCCACUACCCCUCCUCUUCCUCCACCGCAGACUCAGAGUCUCAGUUCAGCCACCAAGAUCUGGAUGACCGGAGUCCCGCCCAGCAGGACUCCCAAUACUCCUACGAUGGGGAGAUCUGGAACUACCAGCCCCUCUCGCCCAGCUCCAGUGUCCACAGCAGCCAGACCAGAGGCGACUGGAACACCACCACCCAGGAGAUGAGAUGUGUUUCCGGGGAAGGUUGGAACUGUGACCCACUGCUCUCCUCCGGACACUCCACCCCGUCUCACGUUGGAAGCACCUCUCUGUGUUCAGAGAAGAUGACGUCCUCUCCUUUGCUAGACCGAGAGAAAAGGAAGUCCAGCACUUGCUCCUCCUAUUCUCUCUCAAGCAACAGCAGCAUCUCCCUCCGCAAGUACAAGCGCCCGCCUCCGCCACCGUUGCGCUCGGACUCUUUGAGGCGCCGGCCAGGUCGUAGCAAACCCUCCCGCUCCUCCUGCAGUCCCCGGCCAGAGCGGAGCCCCCGUCUUGAGCACCCCACUCAGCAGACGACCACACCGCCUCCUGAGACCUUCUAUGACCCCUGGGUGCCCCGCAGCAACACCAAACGGCGUCAGAGUGGCUUCAAAUGUGGCACAGUGACAACCUUUGAACCUUUGAACCCGGACUGCCAAGCGGAUACAGUUGAUUGUCCUUCCGAGCAGCUACCACCAAGUCCCGCCCACUCACAUGAUCACGCACCGACUCCUGCGUCUCCAGGCUCAGAUCUCCAGCGCCUCGCCUCGCCCUCCAGUGGCUACUCCAGCCAGUCAAACACUCCCACUCCUGGUACUCCUGUGUCCUCCCCCCUCUCCCCCUCCUUCCCUGGAGCCUUUUUCCUCCCUCCGAUGUCCCCCUUUUCCUCUUUACCCUCAUCCUCCUUCCCCAUGUCCAAGAGAAUGUCUCGGAGUGAAGAAAGGCCAAAGCCCCUGGUGCCCGAAAGGAAGUCCUCACUCCUCUCUACCCUUUCCUCCUCAUUUUCUUCAACCUCCUCCCUCUCUUCUUGCACCUCCUCAGACUCUUCGGCCAAGCAUCCUCCUCCUCCUCCUCCUCCUCCUCCACCUCCUCCAUCAGAGGGUUCCUCUCCUUUCCUUCCCUUCUUCUACUCCCCGAUUCGCAAGUGUCCUCCUCCAGCUCCUCCUCUUCCUCAGCCCUGCCUGUCUGCUUCCUCCUUCACCAAACUCUCACCUGCUCCUCCUACUCCACCUUCAUCUCUUCCUCCACCCCCUCCACCUCCUCUCCCACCCUCAUCCCUCCCUCCACCCCCUCCCCCGCCUCCUCUAUCACCCUCAUCCCUCCCUCCCCCGCCUCCUUCUCUUCCUCCUUCCUCUCGGCCUCCUCCUCCCCCCUACUCCUACGCCAUCAGGCAGAACUCCCAUCAUGCUUUGGUGUCAUCAUCAACUAACUUCACUCCUCCUCCAUCUUACCCUCCUCCUCUUCCCUCUUCAGAACUCUCAGAAUUUGCAAUUCCUUCCCUUUCUCUUCCACCAGCACCUCCUUUACCGGCUCCACCCUCCUCCCCUGCUGUUCCCCUAAGCCGCUGUGUUAAGGGUACCACGUCGCCCUGCCCCCUGGUCACCACCCAAGCUUUGCAGGGCGUCAAGCUUCGCUCCGUCAAAAACCAGGAAGGCGUCAUGGUACCAGAUGCUGGGUUUAUCAACGCUGAUGAAGAGAAACCGACACGCAGAUCAGAUCAUGAUUACACCCACUUCACGCAAUGUGAAGUGAAGAGCGAUGACUCAUCUCAUGCUAAGCUACAGGGUCUUGUUGCUAGCAUAGCUAACCAGAGGAGCUCUGUUCUUCAGGUGAUCAAUAACGAAACUCCUCAAGACUUCGGGUACAACGAACCAGAGAAGACAGAUACAGACAUUUAUGCUACACUGGCAAGUCCUGACAGUCCCUGGGUCAGAAACCACAACAACACAAUGAUCCAGCAUCCUUCUUUGCAAGAACAGCAGGUAACAGAUCAAGUGUUAGCAGAUGCUAAUUUAACUGCGGCUACAAAGAAUCAGGGAAACGCAGACUCUUCGUAUUGGACCCUCUCUGAAAAGAGACAAGAGUCUCAAAGAGAAUGUAAGACAAUACUGUUGGACAGCAAAGAGGAAAUGGAGACAAAUAAAAAGAAUAAUUCAGAAAUGUGGAAGGAUGCAGCUGAUGAUUCAAAAGCAUUGAGUGAAGUUAAACUGAAUUAUAAGGUCUGUGGGACACCCAGCCCGAGGAGACUCCGCUCCCCAGAGAAGCCCACCCUGCCAAAGAAGCCAGAUCUUUGCAUUCUGGGUCUCAUGGCGUCCCCCGAGAACAGACGAGGAUGGAUGUCUUCUCCUGGGCUCAACAGCCAAUCACAGCUUCCAGCUGAUUCCUCAUGCACACCUUUGAACCCCUAUAUGCCUUCACCAAAUCACCUGACACACACAACUUCACCUGUAAAAACGACACCUGAUGACAUCACUAACCCACCUGUUGGCUCUCCUCAUAGACAGAAGCCACCGUUUUUGCACAAGAAACCAGAUCUCUCACCCCAAACCACCAAACCUCUCUUUGGGACCUCUGGGAUCAGGGAUACCACAAGGGCUGGAAACAAUUUAAACGGCACACUAGGUACCAUGGAGAACUGGGGUACCAUGGAGACCAGUUGCACCCUAGGGACCAUGUAUGGGAACUCUGGCCCCUCAGGGAUCAUGGCUAUCGCUGAGACCCGGGGUAGGAAAGGGACUUCAAACAAUAUGGAUGAGACCACAAGUACUGAGAACUGUGGAACAACUUGGGGUACCAUAAAGACCUGUAGCACCUUUGCGACCUCAUAUCCCGGGAUCAUCCACACCAGACUUCCUCAGGAUGCUGAGAAAACGUUUCAUACGAGCAUGAUGAGGUCGUUGCUGUUUGAGGAUGAAGAGGAAGAUGAGAAGGAGACGGUGGAAGAGAGAGGGAUGAAGACAUCGAUGAUGACGACGAGGAUGACGCCAUCAACCACCAUGAAAAAAGACAAAACGAGGAGGAGGAAGAGGAGGGCAGGAAGUCAACUGCUCAUGGUGUCAACAAUAAGGCCCUCCCCCUCCUCAUCAUCAUCAUCCUCAUCAUCGUCCUCAUCAUCUUCAUCUGGAGAUGAACAAGACGUAAAAGAGAGAAUGAGUCAGAGGGUGAGGAUGGCGGAACCAUGUGAUCAAGUCACCAGUGACUCUGAGAACUCCUGCGCUCUGAUUGGGCGGCGUUCCCACAGCAGCCUGUGGGGAAAGACUCAAGACCUGCUGAUGCAUGAGGAGGAGGAGGAAGAGCGAAGCCAGAAGGGAACUGACACGAGGGGGGAGGCCAGAGGACCGUUGAAUAAAGAUCUGUUGGUCAGUAUUUCAGCAAAUCACACGUUUGUGUCCAGUCGACCACGAACAACUGAGGAUCUGUUCACCGUCAUCCACAGGUCUAAGAAGAAGAUGCUUGGAAGACGAGAUUCAAAAGACGGUAGCCAUAGUAUCUCCUUUCCCUCUUCCUCCCAUCCGGUCAUCCUCACUGCCCGCCGGCAUCGCCCGACGCGACCUGCAGCUCCAGGAGGUCAAAGCUCAGUGAGGAGCGAGAGCUUCAAGGCCCUCUUGCAGAGGAAAGGGAGUCGGUGUGAUUCGUCUUCUCGAAUCUCGGCCGUUGAGCAACUCCGGAAACUCGCUUCUUCUGCGAGUACUGACGACCUCCACAGUGUGCCGCCGCAACUGCUGCCGCUGCAACUGCUGCCACCGCCGCCGCAAGCGCUUCCGCCGCCGCAACCCAAACCGCAACCGCCGGCAGACAAACCCUCCAGCUGGUCCCAACCCUCAGAUCCAUUUGAUGUUAACACCAACCUCCCUCUGGACACACCAACGUCUGCGUGCAGUCAGAACUUCUCCAUGAUCGGAUUAGGAUGGGGGCGAAGGGAUCUGAUGCACAAUCACCUCCUCCUAACCUCCUCUUCUUCCUCCUCCCACUUCCUCUUCCUCUCUUCCUCCUCCAUGCGGCCUCGCUCCCUCACUCCCCCUUGCUCCUCCAGCCGCCACUUUUCCGCCCGCUGCCGCCUCCAUGCCGCCCCAAUGGCCGCCAUCACUGAAGGAGAAAGCGAGGAGGAAGAGGAGGACGAGGUGGUUUUCAUGGAGUCUUCGGGAACCGAAGGAGAACUGAGCCAGAGAUUGGUGGAGAUUUCUUAGUUGAAUGUGAUGCUGUCGGGUCUUGUGGCUCAGUGAUGAGUAGGGUCAUCCCAAUCAUCGGCGGUUCAAUUGCCCGGCUCCGCUAGCCCAUCUCGAUGUGUCCUUUGGCAAAACACUUAACCCCAAAAUUACUUCCAUAGCUGUGCCUAUGGUGUUUGAAUGUGGAACCUUAGCUCCUACCAUCUGUGUGUGAAUGGGUGAAUGAUGUAAUGUAGUGUUAAAGCGCUUAGAAUGGUUGGAAGACUAGAAAAGAUCUACAGGUCCAGUUACCAUUUACCAUAUGUACUGAUCCAGAUCGGUUUCAUGAGACUUAUUGUAAGUCGCUUUGGAUAAAAGCGUCAGCUAAAUGACAUGUAAUGUAAUGUAAUGAGCAUGUUGCACUACCGAAAACAGGACGAGACAAAACCGGACUGAAGAAAACCGGACUGGACUACCGUUCUUCACUGAACCGGACUGGAUUGAACCUUCUUCAGUGAACCGGACUAGACUGAUUGUUCUUCACUGAACUGGACUGGACUGACUGUUCUUCACUGCACCGGACUUGACUGACCCUUAUUCACUGAACCCGAAUGGACUGACCGUUCUUUACUGAACUGGACUGGGCUGAACGUUCUUCACUGAAACGGACUAGACUGACUGUUCUGCACUGAACCGGACUGGACUGACCCUUAUUCACUGAACUGGACUGGCCCUUGUUCACUGAACCAUACUGGACUGACCGUUCUUCACUGAACCGGACUGGACUGACUGUUCUUCACUGAACUGGACUGGACUAACGUUCUUCACUGGACUGGACUGACCGUUCUUCACUGGACUGGACUGACUGUUCUUCACUGAACCGGACUUGACUGACCCUUAUUCACUGAACCCGAAUGGACUGACCCUUCUUCACUGAACCAGACUGGACUGACCGUUCUUAAUUGGACUGGACUGGACUGGACUGACCGUUCUUUACUGAACUGGACUGGACUGACUGUUGUUCACUGAACCGGACUGGAUUGACCGUUCUUCACUGAACUGGAGUGGACUGACUGUUCUUCACUGAACUGGACUGGACUGACUGACCGUUCUUCACUGAACUGGACUGGACGGACUGUUCUUCACUGAACUGGACUGGACUGACUGUUCUUCACUGAACUGGACUGGACUAGGCUGACUGUUCUUCACUGAACCGGACUGGAUUGACUGUUCUUCACUGAACCGGACUGGAUUGACCGUUCUUCACUGGACUGGACUGGACUAGACUGACUGUUCUUCACUGAACUGGACUGGACUGACCGUUCUUAAUUGGACUGGACUGGACUGGACUGACCGUUCUUUACUGAACUGGACUGGAUUGACUGUUCUUCACUGAACUGGAGUGGACUGACUGUUCUUCACUGAACUGGACUGGACUGACUGACCGUUCUUCACUGAACUGGA